GUCAAUGAAUAGUAAGCUUUAAUUGCAUUCAUAGACACAGGAGGAGUUCGAAGAGUUUAGCUUUUCUGAUAUUGAUUGCGAAGAAGGUCAAGAUUUGAAUUUCGUCGAAAUUGAGGUUGUAAUAUCGUCUGCGGGCGCGUAAUUGUGCGUGUUGUUCAUUGACUGUUGUAGUUCGACUUCGAGAAGACUUAGAAUCAGACUAUCUGAAAGCACGACUAUCUAAGUCCAAGAUAAACAAAUCAAAGAUGGAGGUAACUGCAGCAACUUUAGCGAGCACUUAUGUGUCUCCUAUUGCCGUGCCGCUUGUUAGCGGAAAACUGGAGAGCAAAUGUCUCAAGAUGUUGAGAAAGGCAUUCUCAGCUAAGGCCGUCAGACGAGGAAUUCCAGAAGUGACGAAGCUCGUACGGAAGGAAAAGAAAGGUACAUCAACGCUAGAAUGUUGAGGCUUUCUUGGAUUUUGUAACCUGGGCCUAGAUGAAUACUUUCGUGUUUACAUGAGUACUUCAGUCUACAAAAAUGUGAUUGCAAAUGCUAUCAUCCCUGAAUCCACACAACCAGGCAUCGUUGUUUUCGCGGCAGACGUUUUUCCGGUGGAUUUGAUUGCGCACAUGCCAGUGCUCUGCGAAGAGAAGAGUGUUUUCUACGCUUACGUGCAAUCGCGACAGGUCUUGGGUGAGGCUAUCAACAGUCGACGUGGAGUCUCAGCCGUCUUCAUUCCAGAACCCACAUCAGACAGCCCCUAUGAAUCCGCCUACCAGCAGGUAAUGACCGCACUAAAGGUUGUCCAUCCGUACCUUGGCGAAGGAAAGGCUCUAGCCGACAACGACGACGAAAAAGCAUCUUCAAAAAAGCGAAGUGCGGCAGAAGGAGAGGCAGCGACUGAGUCAGGUGAACCAACCAAGAAAAAGAAGAAGAAAGAGAAGAAAGCUGAAGCUGAGUAAGCUGGCAAGGAAGAAGCAUGAAGCGAAUGGAUACGAGAUGAUGAACAUCGAUCAGCAGAGGUAAGUGUUAUUCGCUGGAUGUUCAAGGUAUAUUUUACACAGGAUGAAAAAAGAGACGAGAUCAGCAACGGAUCGUUACGAUCCGGAGUGUGGUCGCUAUUUGCAGCUUGGAGAUGUGAGCAACGUUUGAAGUGACGUAUGCAUGUUGUAACACCAAAUUGAUUGGUUCGCGUGACGCAAACGAACGGAAACUAAGACAAAUAUAUGUUUAUGUACGACUUUCAGGCGGCUUCUACAAAAAUGGCAUCACCUGCUCUUUCCG